UGGCUAGGUCCACUCCUUACUUCCGGUUUAGGAUCGCAGUCACGUGACACGGUUCUCCGGGAGUCGAGCUGUGAACCCGAGCAUGGCGGAGGCCUGGUACAUGGACAGCGUCGAGGGGGACCAGAGGAGGCCGCACAGACUGACCCCCGACCAGCCCGCUGCACCGCAGGAGCUCGGUGUGUUUUACUGGAAGCUGAACGCUGACAUCUAUGAAACAGACCCAGAGCUGGAGCGGAUUCGCAAAGACCAAGGCUACUCCUACAUGGACAUCAUCUCCAUUCACAAGGACACACUACCCAACUAUGAGGAGAAGCUGAAGAUGUUCUUUGAGGAGCACCUGCACUUGGAUGACGAGAUCCGCUACAUCCUGGACGGCCAGGGAUACUUUGAUGUUCGGAGCAAGGAUGAGCGCUGGAUCCGGAUCGCCGUGACAAAGGGGGACCUGAUCACCCUGCCGGCCGGAAUCUACCAUCGCUUCACCCUGGACGAGACCAACUACGUCAAAGCCAUGAGGCUGUUUGCGGGGGAGCCGGUGUGGAAAGCUUACAACCGGCCCGCCGACGACUUUGACGUCCGCCAGAAGUACUUGGCUUCUCUGCAGGAACCCGGAGAGAGAACUGUGUCAUGCUUAAGAUGAAUUAAUUAACACUAAUGAGAUGCAGAGUUAGCUGGGUGUGGCAAAAUACAAAAAUCAAACUACGGUAAAUAACAGCACGCACAACCGCCAAUGGCUAUGAAAGAGGGUAUUUGGUAGCUGAUGAGAGGGCACUUCAACAGUUCAAGGGCUGGCAGCAGCAUCAGUGCUCUGUGUGGACGCUACAUGCGAUGCUCAGUGAGCAUCACACUACAUUGCUACAGAGCAUUGCUCACGCAUGUAGUGUGGCCAUUACAGAUAUUAAAAGGUUAUCAUAUUUUGCACAUCAACAUUUCAGUUUCCAGUUGGAUCAAGAUUCUACAAACAUGAUCAGAUAAUAAAAACUUGUCAAACUUUAAUGUACUUAAAAUCUGCAAAAAAUAAGGGGUCAUUCUGCAUGAGUACUUAUACUUUAGUUACCCAAGUAUAAACGACAUGAACUUUAACUCAAGUGCUUGAGUGGGGUCUGAAUACUUGUUUCACCACAGGACAACCUGCAGUGCCUUGUUCUAUAGAGUGGUUGUCUGUGGUGUGAGCUGCAGUCAGACUAACCCUCAACAGCAUGUUGAAAUACACAACUAAUACGCAGUAUAUUUCCCUUUCGUACUGAUCUGUGCUAGUGGGGUGGAGCAUUUCUGACAGAUUCACAUACAUUUGUGUUGUAUGGAAAAUAAAACUGCUGCUAA